UCUAUGUGCCUCUCUCUCUUUCACACACUGUGUCAAGUCCCCUGACAGGGAGCCUGAUCACUUUGAGAAUUGAAAGUGGAGGAGGAGGGUGCCAGAGACAUCAGGUUUGCAUAAUAUACAGAGAGAGAGAGCACCUGCCAGGUGAAUGGGCUUCGGAGUGUUGGGCUGUCAUAUGUAAUGAUAAGGAAAGUACUGGACCAUGUGGUGGGGUUGUGACAGCAUGUGCGAUCCAACGGGAGCAGGAAAAAGGCACCAGUGGACCGGACAGCUCUUCUUAUACUCACUGCUAUACACUUUGAGGAGAAACAACCGUCCUAGGUUUCAACUUCAGUGGCAUUUUUAAUCUAACUGCAGUUGCUGGAUUUAUGCACAAAAGGAUAGCCCUCAAUUUGGGACCAUGGUUGUCAAACAGGGGAGGCAAUGGAGGUCGAUGUGCAAAGGCCUUGUCCUGGGUACCCUACUUACCAGCUGUAUGAUCCUGCUCUACUGCCUUUCUGCUCCACAGGUCCACUUCAACCUGCCCGAGGUGCCAGUGCCUUACUCCUGCGCUCAUCGGCCGGCUCAAGCCCACGCCUCACCAUUCAGAAAUGGCUCCCAGUAUGCCACGGGACAGACGGGCCUCUGCACUCCCAAAGUGGAUGUCAUGUUCAUGAAGACCCACAAGACGGCCAGCAGCACGCUCCUCAACAUCCUCUUCCGCUUCGGAGAAAAGCACAGGCUCAAGUUUGCCUUUCCAGACAGCCGUAACGACUUCUUCUACCCAUCCUCAUUCCAACGCUCCCAGGUCAAGGACUACAGGCCUGGCAUGUGCUUCAAUAUCAUAUGCAACCACAUGCGCUUCAAUGCACCGGAGGUGGCCAAGGUGCUCCCCACAGACACCUCCUACAUCACCGUCCUCAGAGACCCGGCUGAGCUCUUUGAAUCCUCCUUCCACUACUUUGGCCGCCUGGUGCCCAUGACCUGGAAAAUACCAGGCAAGGACAAGGUGGGGGAGUUCCUGCGUGACCCCCGGCACUACUUUGACCCUGAUGGCUUCAACUCCUUCUACCUCAAGAAUCUUCUGUUCUUCGACUUCGGGCAGGACAACACUCUGGAGCUGGGCGACCCGAGGGUGGAGGAAGGCAUCCGGUCCAUCGCAGGCUGCUUCCAGCUGGUCAUGCUGGUGGAGCACUUUGAGGAGUCCCUCAUCCUGCUCAUGGACGCCCUCUGUUGGGAGAUGGACGACCUGCUCUUCUUCAAGCUCAAUGCCCGGAAGGGCUCCACCGUGUCCAAACUGACCCCAGAGUUGAGGGCCAAGGCCCUGGAGUGGAACGCCGUGGACUGGAGGCUUUACCAACACUUCAAUGCCACCUUUUGGAGGAAGGUGGAGGCAUAUGGGCACCAGCGGAUGGCUGAUGACGUGGCGGAGCUCCGGAGGAGGAAUGCAGAGAUGGCGGCCGUCUGUAUUGAGGGAGGGCAUGCUGUGGAUGCAGAUAACAUCCAGGAGACAGUCAUGCAGCCCUGGCAGCCCAUCGGGGAGAAGUCCAUCAUGGGCUACAACCUGAAAAAGAACGUGGACAAGGCCCACCUCAAGCUGUGCCGUAAGAUGCUCACACCCGAGCUGCAAUACCUGACAGAGCUGGGGGUCAACCUGUGGAUCACUAAGCUGUGGGGACAUGUGAGAGACAUGAUCAACUGGUGACAAGCGGGUGCCUGAAGGGUGAUUUGAGAGAGAGAGAGGCAUAUGUGGCCUGAGAGAGAGAGAGACAGAGGCAUAUCCGUGGCCUGAGAGAGAGA